AUGAGUGCUCGGAACCCGACUGCGACCUCGACCUCGAAGGGGAAGUCAAAUCAAGACCCCCGAAUAGACGGAAUUCUGCAGGCUCUGGCGACCGUAGGAGAACUGUUGGGACAGCAGGCCCAACAACGAAUGCCUAAUGCUGAGAAUGUGGCAGCAAAUGGAAAUGGAAAUGGUGGCCGUACGAUGCACAGAUUGGUCGAGCAAUUCCUGAAGCUCCAACCCCCGAAGUUUGUCGGAACUGGAGAUCCCGAAGAAGCGGAAUCCUGGAUCGAUGAACUCCAGAAGGCAUUUGAGCUUUUGAGAUGUUCCGAGGAAGAGAAAGUUACCUUAGCAGCCUAUCAACUGCAAGGUAAUGCCAGCUAUUGGUGGAAAGCGACCAAGGAAAUCGUGUUCCCAGAAAAUGCUGCUGUCAACUGGAAUGCUUUCAUUGAAGCAUUCAACGGAAAGUAUUUUUCCGAAUGUGCUCGCGACCGAAAGAUGAAGGAAUUCUUGCAACUUCAACAGAACAACAUGACGGUGGACCAGUACGAAGCAAGGUUCGCUCAACUGUCAAGGUACGCCCUUAAACUUAUUGAAGAUCCAGUGGAAAGGGCAAAAAGAUUCCGAGACGGUUUGAAACCAGACAUCCGGAGACAGUUGGUGCCGCUGAACCUCAAGGAUUACAACGAGCUGUAUGAACGCGCGCAGCUGGUGGAGAAAGAGUCCCUGGAACGAGCUGCCACGGCGACUAACCAAGGAAAGCCUUAUCAUCCGGCUUCUCAAUCCAACCAGCAUCAUGACAAGAGACCGAUGUCGGGAGAAAACCAUUUCUCUACUCCCAACAAGAAGAUAAAAAAUCAGAAGCCAAUUUCCACUGCAGGCGAUGCGUGCCAUACUUGCGGAAGGUUUCAUGGAAAUGCUCCGUGUCCAAAACAAACGGGAGCAUGUUUCGGCUGUGGUCAACAAGGCCACCACAUAAAGGACUGCCCGCAACGACAGCAAGUGAAGCAGUCACAACAACCACUGGUGAUGCAACAAAAAGAAGUUCCACCGCAUGAUAAUCGUCCUCCAGCUCAAGGAAGGAUUUAUGCAAUUACUCAAGAGGAAGCGGAAAACUCCAAGAAUGUUAUUACGGAGACUUGA